CGCCGCCGAGCGCGAGCCCCGCCGAGCCCCGCCGAGCCCCGCCGAGCGCCGGGGCCGCAGCGCCGAGCCGCGGCGCGCACUGCGGAGGGAGCGGAGCGCCGGGGCCAGCCGCUCGAUCCGAAGGGGCGGCCCGCGACCCCCGGAGCGCCCCCGCCUGCCCCUGGCCGCCGCGGGCUCGGUGAGCGGCUUCCUCCCUCCGGCCGGCAGGCUGGGCGCGCCCGGCGCGCAGCGGCACCAUGGGCACGGUGCUGUCCCUGUCCCCCAGCUACCGGAAGGCCACGCUGUUUGAGGAUGGCGCGGCCACGGUGGGCCACUACACGGCCGUGCAGAACAGCAAGAACGCCAAGGACAAGAACCUGAAGCGGCACUCCAUCAUCUCCGUGCUGCCCUGGAAGAGGAUCGUGGCCGUGUCGGCCAAGAAGAAGAACUCCAAGAAGGUGCAGCCCAACAGCAGCUACCAGAACAACAUCACGCACCUCAACAAUGAGAACCUGAAGAAGUCGCUGUCGUGCGCCAACCUGUCCACGUUCGCCCAGCCCCCACCGACCCAGCCGCCCGCAGCCCCUGCCAGCCAGCUCUCGGGCUCCCAGACCGGGGUCUCCUCCUCCGUCAAGAAGGCCCCGCACCCCGCCGUCCCCUCCGCAGGGACGCCCAAACGGGUCAUCGUCCAGGCGUCCACCAGCGAGCUGCUGCGCUGCCUGGGUGAGUUUCUCUGUCGCCGGUGCUACCGCCUGAAGCACCUGUCCCCCACGGACCCUGUGCUCUGGCUGCGGAGCGUGGACCGCUCGCUGCUCCUGCAGGGCUGGCAGGACCAGGGCUUCAUCACGCCGGCCAACGUGGUCUUCCUCUACAUGCUCUGCCGGGAUGUCAUCUCCUCCGAGGUGGGCUCCGACCACGAGCUCCAGGCUGUCCUGCUGACCUGCCUGUACCUCUCCUACUCCUACAUGGGCAACGAGAUCUCCUACCCCCUCAAGCCCUUCCUGGUGGAGAGCUGCAAGGAGGCCUUUUGGGACCGCUGCCUCUCCGUCAUCAACCUCAUGAGCUCCAAGAUGCUGCAGAUCAACGCCGACCCCCACUACUUCACACAGGUGUUCUCCGACCUGAAGAACGAGAGUGGCCAGGAGGACAAGAAGCGGCUCCUCCUAGGGCUGGACCGAUGAGCCCGCUAGCCUGCAUCAUGGCUCAAGGAUUCAAUUCAUUUUUAAAAAUUUAUUAUUAAAUCAGA